AUGAAACGUUUAAACAUGCAAUUUAUUGCAGUAAUUCUGGUUCUUGGACUUGGAUUCUUUAAUUACUGUUGUGGAGAUUGUGUCUGGUACGGACAAUGUGGUUAUUAUCCAGGCUCCUCAGACCAUGCUUUAAACUGUCCGUACAAAGGGAAGGCUAAACCUCUGCAAGACUCAGAUGUUAUUGCCAAGUACAAAUCUCUAUGUCCAGAUUUAUAUGCAGAAUUUGGUAAAAAUACCUGCUGCAGUGAUGCUCAGGUUAACACGAUAGCCAGCCAGGUGGCACUCCCCAACAUGCUGUUCCAACGAUGCCCCAGCUGCUUUCACAAUUUUAUGAACAUAUGGUGCUACCUAACCUGUGGGGCUAAUCAGUCAGAGUUUUUGUAUGUGAACAAAACGAUUCCAGUUACAGUCAAUGGCACGGCUGCGGUGGGCAUACAGUCUGUGGAUUAUAUCGUGUCCAACAAAUCAGCCAAUGAAAUGUUUAACUCUUGUCGCAAUGUCCAGAGUCCCAGCACCAAUCAGCCAGCUCUGGCCAUGCUGUGCGGAGGAUACGGCUACGACAAGUGUACACCCGAGAAUUGGCUGGAUUAUAUGGGUGGCACGGCUAAUGGGCAAACCCCAUUUGAUAUCUGGUUUCAUAUCAGUUCUUCUGCUGUUGUUAUCAAUGGUACCUCAUACACACCUCUAGAGUUCAAGUCGUUUCCGUGCAAUGUUGCCACCUCAAAUGAAACAGAAGCUUGCAGUUGCCAAGAUUGUCUGGCCACUUGUACGCCUGUUCCACCACCUGUACCGAAACCUGGUCGCUGUGAGAUCAUCCACUUAGACUGCUAUGACUUUGCUUUUGGGCUGGCCUUCAUUGUCUUUUUCUUGCUAUUUGGAUGCUACUGCAUGUGUUACAACAUCAUCGUCCAGGAUUCCCUGCGCUUGGAGAAAGCAGGAGAAGAAAAUGACCUGGGUUGCUUUGGAAGACAAGGUUUGGCAGCAGAUCGCAAUGUGAGGAAGCAGCAGUACCUGACCAACAUCACAGAAAGCGAUCUCGGCUGUUUCGAGCGAGCUGGAGCCAAGAUGGAAAUUUUCCUAGAGAAACAGUUUUUCAACUGGGGUUAUUUUUGCGCUCGUCAUCCUUUUAUUGUCACGGUGAUAGCUGUGCUGGUAACUGGAGCUUUGGUUGCUGGUGCCGCCCUUCUCACAGUCACCACUGACCCAGUCAAGUUGUGGUCAGCUCCAGACAGCCGGGCGCGCUUAGAGAAGGACUACUAUGACUCUCAUUUUACGCCCUUCUAUCGCACAGAGCAGCUUUUGAUAUCCCAGCCUGACAACCACACAGUCAUCAACUAUAAAAAUCACAACUAUAGCAGCUUGUUCGACAAGACAUUUUUACAUGAGCUGUUAGAUCUACAGAAUGCUAUCACUAAAAUUCAGGCAGAAUACAACAAUAAGACCAUCAUGCUACAGGACAUUUGCUUUGCCCCACUGCAACCGGAAAACAACAACUGCACCAUCAUGAGCAUUCUCAAUUACUACCAAAACUCACAUGAGAUGAUUGACAAGGUAGCCAAGGACGCUUAUGGGUUCUGGGUGCUUGCCGAUUACCUUGACCAUUUUCAGUCUUGUGUGUUGUCCCCGUUUGCUCUCAAUGACACAUCACUGUUACACACCCCAUGCAUGGGCACAUUCGGAGGUCCAGUUUACCCCUGGGUAGCCCUCGGUGGAUAUCAAGACAAAGACUACAGCACUGCAAAUGCAUUUGUGAUUACAUUUGUGGUGAACAAUCACCUGGAUCCGAAACAACUGGAGCCCGCCAAGGCAUGGGAGGCCAAGUACAUCGAGUUUAUGAAGAAUUAUACAGCAGAACAUCCCGGUGUGCAGAUUGCUUUCUCCGCAGAGAGAUCUAUAGAGGAUGAGAUUGACCGGCAGAGCCAGAGUGACAUCAUCACCAUCCUGUGCAGCUACCUGAUCAUGUUUGCCUACAUCACCAUCUGCUUGGGACAGUACACCAGCUUUAGUAGGAUCCUGGUGGAUGCUAAGAUUUCCUUGGGUCUUGCCGGUGUCAUCAUUGUACUCUUGUCCGUUGGUGCUUCCCUCGGCUUCUACAGCUACUUGGGCAUCCCUUCCACACUGAUCAUCAUCGAAGUGGUGCCCUUCCUUGUUUUAGCUGUUGGAGUGGACAACAUCUUUAUCCUAGUUCAGAAAUAUCAGAGGGAAGUUCUGCAAGAUGGUGAGACAGUGGAGCACAUGAUUGGUCGUGUGGUUGGAAAGGUUGGGCCCAGCAUGCUGCUGACAAGUCUGUCUGAAUCCCUGGCUUUCUUUCUUGGUGCCCUGACACAGAUGCCUGCCGUGAAAGUAUUCUCUCUCUAUGCAGCCAUGGCAGUGUUGAUUGACUUCCUCCUCCAGAUAUCCAUCUUUGUUUCUCUGUUGACGUUGGAUGCUAAACGACAGGAGGCAAACAGGGUUGAUGUGACGUGCUGUGUGCAGCCGUCACUCGGGAAACGACAGCCACAGAAAGGCUUGCUCUACAAAUUCAUCAGUGACCACUACUCACAUUUUCUCAUGAAGGAGUGGGUCAGACCUACUGUGAUGGUGUUGUUUGUGGGUUGGUUCUGUGCUUGUGGUGCCCUGACGUCUAGGCUCAGCAUUGGGCUGGACCAGUCUCUGGCUAUGCCAAAGGAUUCCUACGUUUUGAACUAUUUUCACAACCUCUCAAAGUAUUUAUCUGUUGGACCGCCAGUCUACUUUGUUGUGGAAAACGGCCACGACUACUCAACCUACGCCGGCCAGAAUGAGAUUUGUGGGGUCAGCGGCUGUCCACAGAACUCCCUUGUUCAGCAGAUUAAUACAGCUUCCAGGUCAUCAUCCGCCACAUAUAUAGCAGAAGCGGUGUCUUCAUGGCUGGACGACUACUUCUCUUGGUUGGUCAGUCCCCCUUGUUGUCGGUACAACAAUAAGACCGGAGACUUCUGUCCGUCAACUGAAGUGAACGUUGACUGUUUGGAAUGUCCGUUGAACCACACACAGCGAGGCAGACCUGUGGAUGACACAUUUUAUACUUACCUCCCUUGGUUUCUCAAAGACAACCCAGGCCUCACCUGUGGAAAAGGGGGUCAUGCAGCUUAUGGCUCUGGUGUUCAGCUGUACAAGAGCAGUCACAACGAGACCCAUGUUGGAGCUUCUUACUUCAUGACCUACCACAGUGUUUUGAAAACAUCUGAGGAUUACAUUGCAGCCUUGAAGAAUGCUAGGGAAAUCUCAGACAACAUUACGAGGAGUUUGAAUGAGACAGGGCAACACUACAAUGUCUUUCCUUACAGUGUUUUCUACGUGUUCUAUGAGCAGUACCUGGACAUUGUCAUGAACGCUGUCCUGAACAUCACAUACUGUCUGGCGGCCAUCCUCAUCAUCACUUUCCUCCUGCUGGGCUUCGACAUCUACUCCGCCAUUAUUGUGGUCCUGACCAUUCUCAUGAUCCUCGUCAGCAUAAUGGGACUGAUGUAUCUGUGGGAUAUUGAGCUGAAUGCCUUGUCCCUCGUUAAUCUCAUUAUGGCAAUUGGUAUAUCAGUAGAAUUCUGCUCUCAUAUAAUCCGUGCAUUCACUAUCAGCAUUAAACCCACACGGAAGGAGAGGGCUAAGGAUGCCUUGUCUUACAUGGGCAGCUCUGUACUCAGCGGCAUAACUUUCACCAAGAUCGCAGGUAUAAUCAUGCUAGCCUUCUCCAAGUCCCAGCUAUUUCAAGUUUUUUACUUCCGGAUGUACCUGGCCAUCGUAUUAUUCGGUGCGUGCCACGGGCUCAUCUUUCUUCCAGUGUUUCUCAGUUAUAUAGGUCCGCCUGUUAACAAAGCUAAGGUCUUUAACAACAAACUCACAGACACAGUCGAAGACACAACAACCAACUCUGAGCAGCACAAACCCAACGGAAACACCCCCCAUGUUUACGAGAAUCCCCCAGCAUACGACACAGUUGGCAGCGAAUGA